UAGAUCCGAUUCAGUGCAGAUUGAACUUCGAAGCGUAUCGGAUCAUUGUCGUGGCGCGCUCAUAUCCCAAGUAAGGUGAUGUGACUUUAAUCUGUUUGUUCUAGGCCAAUGAAGGUGAAAAAGGAGUGCUAGUCUUCCUCGACGGGACCAGAACCCCUUCGCCGGUAUCGUGAUCCGGUCAAAUCGGUCGGUCGCGUGUGAACUUGGUUCGGUACAAGGUGGAAAUAUGUAACAGAAGAAUCGCAUCGAGUAGUGUAUAAAAUAAUAUCCUGGAACGUCAUGAAAAGCGGUCGAAGAAAGGAUAUAGCAGCAUGAGCGCUCUUAAAUAUGUGGAACGUGAAGUGAAGUGGUGAAAAACAAAUAUAGAAAAAGAGGAAAACCCGGUGGAAAAGGUAAUAAAUCUAGCUCACCUGGUGGUUUGAGAGUUCUUGUGUUUGCUGGAGGGAAAAAAACAUCCCCAUUGGGAAGGCUCUAAUCGAUUAAAUGCUGUUAGUCGUUGAGGCCCAGUAGGCUGAAAUGUCACUGCAGCGUGGCAAAGUGGAGGAAAUUAUGUCAGGAUAACUGGAUAACACUCGCAACUGGAUCGCUGCGCUCAACUGAUGUGAGAAGAAAGGAGCAAAAUGCGAUGAUAAGCACCGCAAUUGAUGAUUCGAUGCCGUAUAGUGAGGUUAAUUCAAAGCUUCUCUUGUGUUUAUGAAAUGAUAAAUUUAUAAUUGAAUUAUUUACAUAUCCGACGAGCUAGUGCGAUACGGUAUGGAUAUAUGCUGAUAGAAAUUCAGCAUGAAUGUUGAUAUAUCGCAUUAUUAAAGAAAAUAAUUGAUGGCACAUCAACAGGAAAAAGAAGAAAGCGAUCCAGUCGUAGUUUGUGUUUGUGUGGCAACUGAUAGUGGAAAUCAGUUGUCAUCCCCAUUCCGUGGAUACAGUGUUUGAGUGAUGAAUGUGUGGGAGUUAAUAACAGCGAUUAAAAUCUGACCUGUUCAGUUCUCCUCAUUAUGAUGGAUCCCAGUAGCGAGGAAAAUUAAAAGUCAACGCAGUGGGUCGUAAAAAUAAUAAACCGACUAUCACACCAGCCAGCGUACAUGUACAAUUAGCCGGAAAUUGCUGUUUGCCCAGUUACAGUCUAUAUAGCUACGUUUUGAUGACAUUGUGUAUUGGUAGUGCCGUGUGACAGAUUUAAUCGUUGUUAUUGAUGACGUUAGCGAUGGUAGUGAUAAAAGAACUAAAGCGGAAUAUGUUGAAUGCAACACGAAUGAAUACGAUGAUACGAGCGACGAACGCAGUGUACUGAGGUUGACCCAUGUCGUACGGGAGUAUAGAAAAGUUUCGAGGAUUAUCUAGUUAUAUUAAAAAGAAUUUGCUACAAUCAAUCAGACCGCUGGCGUAGUACUUACUUAUGAUGUCAGAAAGGAUAACGUCAACCGUUGUGGAUUAAAAGGAUCGAUCGUUGCGGCUGAAAUAAAAUGUCAAGUUGUCCUCCACCUUUAACCGAAAAAAUAGAAAACAAAAGGAUCAUACCAUAUUAAACGGAUAAUUGGAAGAAAUGCGCAUUUGAGAAGCAAUCAGAUACCGGUUUGUGUUUUCUUUCGACGGAAUAGAAGAUGAAAGGAGAAUAAGGCGGGUUGCCCCAAACGCGUGUUAUUUUACCUCGGAUCCAAAAGGCGACUCCUCCGUCGAGAUUAUGCUGAGUGGAAGAUUUGACCACAAGUGGUCGCUUUCCCAUGAGAAUGAAGUUUCCGUCUGAGCAGUGCAAAUUUGUGAGAGCUAUCCUCUCGGCAAUACGCGGUAUGCUGUGGAGAAUUGAGUGACGGAAGAAAAACGGUAGGAGACAAAGUAAGCCGAUGAAUCGGCGAAAUCAUAGGAGGCGCCCUGGUGAAGGCUGUGGUUCGGAGGCUGAUGCUUUUAUGAAAUUACGCGGAAAUGUCCUUCCAAACGAUACUCCGAAGGCGAAAGAAAAAAUAUCGUCAAGUGUUGCGUGAAAAAAUGUGAAAGGAAAAUAAACGCCUAGAAAAAGCUAAUCUCGACGACGGGGAUUUUUCGUGCAGAUUGAGCAGAAGAUUAGUGUGAAAGUGAUUUUUCUUACCUAAAUUUUUGCUAGCUCGUUCCUAAUAUAUAAUUUAUUUGUGCCAUUUUCAAGAAUAAGUAAGUGAAAGCAAGGUUUCGACAAUAGUAGAGGAUACAAUAAUGGCAAAAUACGUGACAAAGCAGUAUUAUUAUUUGUGGAUCAUAGUGAGCAUUUGUGCUAUGUUGGAGCUGAGCAAAGUAGGCCGAGGGUCCACUCAAGGAAGUUCCCUGGUUCAGGCUAGUUCCGUUAUAGGCGAUGAAAAUGGUCCAUUAUUCGAAGUGCAAACAGCCGUUGGGCUGGACGUAUCCCUCCCGUGUGAUCUUCUUCCGACAACGAUGACGCUGAUGAACGAUAAGGUGACAUUGAUCAUCUGGUACAAGGAAGGCAAUAGCAAGCCAAUUUACUCCUUCGAUGCUCGGGGCAAAAACCUGCAACAGGCAAUUCACUGGUCGGACGAAGCGGUGCUAAAAUCAAAGGCAUACUUCUACUAUGAAACUAAUCCGCCAGCGCUGAGGAUAAAGAACAUCAAACAGGAAGAUGCUGGGCUUUAUAGAUGUCGAGUAGAUUUUCAAAAAUCUCCCACCAGGAAUUGUCGGAUAGACCUAGACGUACUCGUUCCUCCAUCCAAAGUGACUAUCUUAGAUGAAUUGGGAGCCGCGGUUAUGGACAAUACUGUUGGUCCUUAUAGAGAGAAUGCCGACAUUAACCUAACGUGCGUAUCCAGUGGUGGUAUUCCGACGCCCAAAGUGACAUGGUGGAAAGAGCAUGCCUUGCUAGAUGAUUCCUUCAUGAUUCUUCCGGAUGGAACGGUCAAAAAUGUUCUCUACUUAGAGAAAUUAUCCCGCAGUGAUUUAAAUGCAAUCUAUACGUGCCAAGCCAGUAACGGUCAUGUUGUACCACCGCUUUCCACUAAUGUGAAAUUGACAUUGAAUUUACCGCCUCUGUUCAUCACCAUGCAGGGUCUACGGGAAACACUAACGGCCGGUAUCAAGACACAAGCAUCGUGUCACACAGCUGGAAGCCGACCAUCGCCCAACAUCAUAUGGACCAAAGGUUCAACCACCAUCCGAGGGUCAUCACAAACGACAUCCAACGAUGGAAAUGUGACUGUGUCAGAGCUAGUAUUUGUUCCUGGACCGGAAGAUAAUGAAAAAUCAAUUACAUGCUCAAUCGAGUAUCCCGAAUCCGAGGGGGCAACAGUCCGCCUCAAGGAUUCCCAUGUGCUCGACGUCAAGCAUGUUCCGGUAAUUUCUCUGUCACUCGGUGCACCACUCGACUCGCAAAACUUGAUGGAAGGAUCUGAUGUGUACCUGGAGUGUGAUAUCAAAGCGAACCCACCAGCCAAAAAAAUCGAAUGGUUUCAUAAUAACAAACUGCUACAAUCAGCGCGAGGCGUAAUCAUCUCCAACCAAACCUUGGUACUGCAGAGCAUAACAAGGGCGACCCACGGCGAGUACAUGUGCAAGGCGGCCAACACGCUUGGAACUGUCAAUAGCAAUCAACUUUAUUUAGAUAUCAAAUAUCCUCCAGUUUGUAAAUUAGAAGCUCAAAUAAUGCGUGCAGCGGUGAAACAAACAGUUAACAUAACGUGUGACAUCGAUGCCAAUCCAAUGCAUAACUUGCUAUUUAGGUGGCAAUUUAAUAACUCACUGGAGAGCAUGCUGGAACUGCCUCCUUACACGAAUGUGGAAAUGAAUGAACCGCUUAUACACCUGCAGGAUCAUCUACUCUCGGCAGCAUCAUCGUCAUCAACCCACGAGGAUCAUCUUCAUCACCAUCACCGAUCGUCAUCGUCCACUUCUUCAACAUCCGGCAGCAGUAGUCAUAACAUGCUACUAGGACCAAAUCAGAAACUAACGUUACGUCGAAAGCCGGAACCACCGAAGCCAGAUCUUGUAGAUGGACAGCUUUAUAUGUAUCGGAUUGACUCGUUCACAAAUUUUGGUACGAUCACUUGUACGGCUACGAACGCCUACGGACAAAGUGGUCACUGUCUGUAUCACAUACUGGUUGCAGAUGUACCUGAUCCAAUUAAAAGUUGCACAAUAUCAAAUGUGACCGCUUACACGGUACAUGUAUCAUGUAUCGCAGGCAAGGACGGAGGCAUUCCGCAGCAGUUCCACAUUGAUAUUUUCGACGAACACACGAAGAAACUUCUCCUCAGCAUCACAUUUCAAGGACCAGAAAUGCUUUUGAAAAAGCUACCGAGUGAUACCAAGUUCAUCAUCAAGAUCACACCUUUUAAUCUGCAAGGAACAGCUCCUACCAGUUACCGUGUCAAGGCUCAAACCCUACCAGCUCCGUUGCUCCGUACAGCACCAUCAAAAGCUGUCCUUGUUCAGCUGACACCACUACUUGGGGCACUGGUAGGAGCAGCAGUUACACUCUUCCUAGUCGCAGUUUGCAUAAUCAUUUUCGUCAAGUUUAAAUCGAAGAAGAAACAUCACCCGGCUUCUACGACUGAGCAGGACAAAGGCAGUGCCGAGCCAUUGAGCCGCAACAUUGGAAGCCAUUCGAGUAUCGACGACAAAAAUCCGGACGUCAUACCACACGAGAACAGUGAGGAUGAUGACGAAAAGCAGUUCGAGCGGCUGGUAUUAGACACCGAUCGGUUGAAAUUUACACCGACACCAGUGCUGCCGCCAAUAGUGAAGACAUAUUCGCCAACGCACGUGUCACCCACUGGAAAUGGACUGAAGAAGUUUGGUGAACUAUCACUCACAACCAACCCGAGCUAUGCGAUCUACAAUUCUCCAAUUCGUAGCGCUUACGGUAGCACCAAUCAAUCGAGUUCGACGACAACGACAGUGUUGCCAGUGCGAACGACGUCCCCAAAUAUCUACACAAGACUGCCUUUGCGGGACUUCACUCCCAACACUUACGACAGCAUGCUCAGUACGUCACAGGCGACGGCAAGUGGCUAUGCGACAUCACAAAUCUACACCGCCAAAAUGCCAUUAUUAACGACGAACUACGCCGAGCUAGCAUCACUGGAUAAAUGAUAGCAGUAAAAAGUAGACGACGGUACAACAAACAAACGACUUCCAUCAAAACCGUUGCUCUACAAUAAUAUCAUCACAAACUCAAACCAGUCCAUGAAAUUGUCAAUUUUCAUCUAAAAUACAAGAAAACGCUUCCGGCUUAAACUGGAAGCUGCUUGCCAUCAUCAUUACGUUACGAACGACUAGUUAGGAAUAACCCUAGGAAAGCUAUUGAAUUCUGAUUGAUAGUCUAAACACGAGUAAAUCAAUUGUGUAUAUUCGAGCAACAAAAUGCCCGUGAAACAUUUUUGUAUAUUAGACUCAUAACAGUAGCUAAACAACUGACAAAAUAAAAUUAACAGGAGACACGAAUUUCAUAACGAUUAGGAAGCUGAACAUAUAAGAAACAUAUUGUUUAAACUUGUUUGUUGGUUUAUUAAACCAUUAUAUCUUUGACCCUACAUCCUACCUCUCAUAUCACAUUCUUAUCCAGUAAACUGUACAUGUGAUUUCGUUUGAACCAUAUCAGCUUAUAUUAAAAUUUGGUCAAAAUUUUAAAUACCUAUUUGAACAGGAGCCAAAAUAGGAAGAAAUGAAACUUUUAUGAUUAUCCAUACAAAAACGUAAGAAAAAUCUCAAUGCGUGUUUUGGUUAUGACAAAUUGAGCAGCAAUCGUGAAUAUAAUUGCAUUGAUUUCAACUUUCACACUGAGCAACAGACAGACGGAAUGGAAAUAAAAUUAAGGAGAAUUUUGAUUUUCUUUGGACCAUUAUGCUUUUCACAAAUGCUGGAGUCGUAUUUACAUCAACGAUCUCAUUACCAUGAGAAAUGUAUGUACAGCUAUUUUUAUCAACGCAAUCUACUUAAACGAAGCGGGAUAAAUAAAAACAGAGUUUUUUUACAUUAUUACCACAUAUCCACUCUAUGAGAAUUCGUCGUAAAGCAAAACCAAUAAGAAUGAAAAAAUCACUUCAAACAAAAGCGACCGCGAACUGAAAUUUCUAUCGUCAAAUGUGCAAGCAGCGAGAAAAAAUAGUGGCAUAUUACACGUAUAACGUUUCGAGUGGUAAGGUAACAUAGUGUCCUUGAAUUAAAAUUGGUUGAUGGAUAUUUUGACAGUGUUGCGUCUGUGUCAUACUUUGCUCGGGUGUUAAUUUCGACUCCAGCAGAUACUCCUAAAUUCACAAAGCAAACGACAUCUUCCUUAUUAAGACUUACCAUGUACUCAAAACUUCGACUGUUCAAAACGAGCUAAACACAUGUACAAGAUUCCGAGAAAGUAUUACGGUAUGUUUUAGAUCCAAUUGUAUAUUUUCCAUUGAUUGCAGAGAACGGAAAACUGUAAAUAACUCAAAAUCAGUGGUGGAAAUCUUUGCCCUUUUUCUAAAGCCUUCAAGUAAUAAAACAAAGUACAAGUCUAGUUUAUAUAGUGCCCACCAGACAUAAUUGUUCAUUUUGGGACAACUUCAUUUUAUUAUGUGAAGCAGCGUAGAAUAGAACUUCGUUAUUGUA